GGUAAUAUGUCUGGAGGCUCUUUCCCACAGAGGAGCAGCAGGUGCAAAGGCACAGAGGCGCAAAGAAACCUGGCCACCAGGCUGGAGGAAGGCAGUUUGCGGAGGAAGCGCCCCCCGCGAUCCCGUGCAAGCUGCUGGACUGUCAGGGAACGAGCGACCACCGAGACGCACCGACUUCCCAGCGUCCUAGAGAGGAAACGGAAGGGGCCCUUUACUUACGCACCUGUCUGACAGCGUCCCCGGCCCACUUCCGGUCGGCGGAGGCUCGGGCCAUCCCAGUGCGUUUGCAGUGCCGCGACUGAGAACCGCUUUUGGGCCGCGGGGGGCGGCGAGGCGAGGCGGCCGGGCGGCGGCCGGGGCGGUACUUCAGCGGCGGGCCUCGGCGGCGGCGGGGCUGACUCUGCGGGCGACGCGUCUCCCGGAGCCGCUUCCCGCGGCACCGAGGCCUCGCGCGUCGUGAGCGGGGGGGCCGCGCCUCGGGAGGCUCAGGUAGGGGCCAGGCUGCUCCCGCCCGGCCAGGGUUGCCCUAACGCGGGGUGUUAACGAACCCGAGACCUUGAACCAGCGCUAACUCUCUGAAAAAGAGAAGUCAUUUAAAACAAGACGUGAGACACUCACUUCCGGAAUAGCUAUGGGACGCCUUCUGUUUCUGAAGUGCCAGGGAUAAAAGAUGAACGUGGACCUUUCUUGCCUUCAGGAAAUCUGGUAGAUGGAGACAGUUGGUAAACAUUUGUGCUGUGGUGCGGUAAAUUCAAGAGUGGAGUGAAUAAAUACAGUAGCUAGAAAGUCAUGAAAGAUUAAUGUCAAUUGAUGGAGCAGAGAAAAUGAAUCGAAUGGUGAUGUAAAAUAGGUUUAAGAAGGGUAAGUAAAUGCACAUAAUACCCAAUAGAAUAUUAAGCAGAAGUUUAUGACGUGCCUCUUGCGGACAGUGUCAUUUUCCAUUCCCUUGAGAGUGAUCUUACCCUCCUCGAAAAGCCAAGCAAGCCCCUCCCCACUUUGGGCUUCCAGGUCUAUCCUCCCGUCUAGUACACGUCUCUUACUUCUCAUGAGUACUUGAAUAUACAUUAAUCUUUCUCUUUUUGACUCCCCAUGUUUUCAUUUUAUACCAUGUCUUUUGGGAAGCUGACCCUGGCCGUCUCUCUACCUCUUUUAUGUUUAGUUUCUUCAUUUGAAAAGUGGGGCUUGGAAGGAAGUAGUACUCACCACACAGUUCGUUGUUAAGAAUUAAAUGAGUGUAUGUGUUCACAUACUUUCUAAAUGGUAAAGCCAACACAAGAUAGCAAUGUUUUGAUCAGUUAUAAAAAUGGUAUUUUUGUUGCUUUGUUUUCUUUAGGCUGAGCACAUGCUGUCACAUUCAAGCCACCAGCACGUCUACUGGUUUUACUUCCAAAAUAUGUCUUGACUUCGUCUGUUUCUUUGCCAUUACUCUGAUCAUCUCCUGCUUGGACCACUGUAAGUGCUGCCUCCCUUCUUGUCCCCUCUAAUCUGUUCUCUGUUGACACACCACAGCAAAAUGGAAAACAUGUAAGCUUUUUUGUACAAAAACUUUGUGAAACAUGUAGCACCCCACUAAAAUCAGAAAUGAGAGUAAAGCCCAUAAUUUUUACUGUGGCCCAGGCCCUGGAUAAGGUGGUCCUAAGGCUGCCUCUGCCAUCUCUUCCUAGCGGCUCUGCCCCUCAUUCACUCUGCCGAGGCCAUUCUGUACUGGGGCCUGUUCUUGGACAUGUGGAAUAAUUUUUAGCCUCAAGGCCUUUGCCUGGAAUUCUCUUUGAAUGAUUGGCUCAUUCUCAUCCUUUGGGUCUCAGCCAAAGUCUCACCUCUUCAAGUUGUUCGUCCCCCAUUAACAGAGCACACUACGUAUUUUCUUUAUAGAACUUAUCCCCAUUUAUACUUUUAAUUUAUUUGCUUACAUUUGUCUUUUUCUGUCUGUUGCACUAUUGUAUUUCUAGUUUCUGCAGGCCUGACAUAUGUGUGUAUUGGAUGUAUAUCUCCUUUAUGUUGGAAUUCUGGGUCCCAGUGACUGCCUAAUUAUAACUCAUCUUACAUUGUUCUCUCAUUAUAGUGUUAUCUCCCUAACGAGAUCCUGAAGUAUUUGUGGGUAUGACCUAAACCCUAUACACUGUGUAUUUGCUCUCUGAACUUGUAGGUGGUUAUUAGCAAAUACAGGCAUACCUCAGAUGUAAUGCUGAUUUGGUUCCAGACUAUUGUAAUAAACAAUAUCAAUAAAGCUAGUCAAAUGAAUUUUUUGGUUUCUUAGUGCAUGUAAAAGUUAUGCUUAUGCUAUACUGUAGUCUGUUAAGUGUACACUAGUGUUAUGUGUGAAAAAACCCAUGUGCAUACCUUAAUUAAAAAAUACUUUAUUGCUAAAAAAUGUUAACUAUCAUCUGGGCUUCCAGUGAGUAUUUAUAUAUCAGUGGUCACAGAUUCCCCAUAAUACAUACAGUGAUAAUGAAAAGUUGAAAAUAUUGCAAGAAUUAUCAAAAUGUGACAGUAAGUGAGCAAAUACUAGUGGGAAAAUUUUGCUGAUAGACUUGCUUGAUGCAGGGUUGCCACAAACCUUCAAUUUGUAAAAAGCUCAAUAAAGCAGAGUACAAUAAAACGAGGUAUGCCUGUACUUAAUUGAAUUGACUUGAUUUUCAGGAUAUCUCUUAAUGAAAAUGCCUCCAUGAAUGUAAUUGCCAUGUUUUCCAGCAGAAGAUUCAUGAUGCAGAGAAGAACUGGGAUGGACUGACCUUCCUGUGCUUUAUUUAUGCUGCCACCAUUGUCUGGUCUUCCCCACAGACACUCAGUCUUCUGGGAGGGAGUGUGAAGAUGCUCAAAGAGCAUCCAGGGAUGGCAGAAGAUCCUCAGCAGCAGAUGGGUGUUCCUGUGGUGAAACUGGAGAAAGAGCUGCCGUGGGGCCGGGGAAGGGAGGACCCUAGUCCUGAGACUUUUCGGUUGAGGUUUCGGCAGUUCCGCUACCAGGAGGCAGCUGGCCCCCAGGAAGCCCUCAGGGAGCUCCAGGAGCUCUGUCGCCAGUGGCUGAGGCCCGAGCUGCACACCAAGGAGCAGAUCCUGGAGCUGCUGGUGCUGGAGCAGUUCCUGACCAUCCUGCCUCGGGAGUUCUACACCUGGAUUCGGGAGCACGGCCCAGACAGUGGCAAGGCCCUGGUAGCCAUGGUGGAGGACUUCACCGAGAAAGCAUUGGAGGCCAAGGCGGUGGCACUGCCAGUUCUUCAGCCUGGGCCUGGCCUCCUCACGGUACAUGCCAGAGACCAAGAGAUGACAGCUGGAUUCCUCACAGCUGGAUCCCAGGGGUUGGGGCCAUUUAAAGAUAUGGCUUUGGCCUUCCCUGAGGAGGAGUGGAGGCACAUGACUCCAGCCCAGAUAGACUGCUUUGGGGAAUAUGUGGAACCCCAGGACUGUGGAGUCUCACCUCCAGGCACUGGGAGCAAGGAAAAGGAUGCUAAAGCCCAGCAGGCAGACCUCAAGGGGGCGCUUGCUCGGGUGCCCUCAGAGAGGUUUGGGGAAGCUGCUCUCCAGAGCCCUGAGCUUGAAAGAACCUGUGAGCAGGAGCCCGGCAGCUCUGGGGGAAGCAUGCCAGGGCCACCUCCUCCCCUGAGUGGCGUCAUUCCCCUGUCCGGUGACCUCAAGACCCACAGCUCCUUCUGGAAGCCUUUUCAGUGCCCUGAGUGUGGAAAAGGCUUCAGUCGGAGCUCCAAUCUUGUCAGACACCAGCGAACCCAUGAAGAAGAGAAAUCCUAUGGCUGUGUUGAGUGUGGGAAGGGGUUCACUCUGAGAGAGUACCUCAUGAAGCACCAAAGAACCCAUCUGGGAAAGAGGCCCUAUGUGUGUAGCGAGUGCUGGAAAACCUUCAGUCAGAGGCACCACCUCGAGGUCCACCAGAGGAGCCACACAGGGGAGAAGCCCUAUAAGUGUGGAGACUGCUGGAAAAGCUUCAGCCGGAGACAGCAUCUGCAGGUGCAUCGGAGAACUCACACUGGGGAGAAGCCCUACACCUGCGAGUGCGGCAAGAGCUUCAGCAGGAAUGCCAACCUGGCAGUGCACCGGCGCGCCCACACCGGCGAGAAGCCGUAUGGGUGCCAGGUGUGUGGAAAACGGUUCAGCAAAGGGGAGCGGCUGGUCAGACACCAGAGGAUCCACACUGGGGAGAAGCCCUACCACUGCCCUGCCUGUGGUCGGAGCUUCAACCAGAGGUCCAUCCUCAAUCGGCACCAGAAAACUCAGCACCGCCAGGUGCCCGCUGUGCAGUAAGGGCACCCUGGUGAGAUACCCAUGUUGCUCAUUGAAUGUGCUGGAGAAGGUGGGAGGGUGAUGCCAGUGGAGGGGGGUCCACCUGUACUCACUGAGGGGAACAGAAAGGCAUGGGCCCCAUUUUCUUUCCAUUCAUUCUCAAACAGGAAAAGGGCAGGGCCUGGUUUGAGAUUCCAGAGACUACAGCUCCCUCGUCUCCUACCCGGAUGGUGCUUAUGCUUUCCCUUGCCAUCUUUUGAGGAAACGAUAUCCAGAGUUUCAGUUCAGGUUGAGGUUUUUCUCCUUCAAUGAGAUGUUCACGUCCACCUCCUGAGCAAGCUGGGGAGUAUGGGCAAAAAUCUAUCCUGUGUUGGCAGCUUAAACUCAUUUUUCUGAGGGUUGUAUCCACCCGGAAGAUCAUUAGCUCAGACUCCUGCCCGCUGACUCUCUUUUCCGUUCAACAAAUAUUUAUUGCACAACUAUGACAUGCCUGGUGCUGGGAAUACAGUGGAGAAUGAGGCACUUGAGACCCCAUCCUCGUGGAGCUUGUAAUUCAGCAGCACAAACCUGCAAGAGCUCUUAAGAGCCAUGUUCCAUGUUCUGCCUUGGGUCAGUACUGUGGCAGAGGAUGGCCUUCCUGAGCUCGUUCUGCCUCCAGCCUGGGUGCUGAGUCUUCCCCCUCCCCAUGUGGGGCCUCAGGCAGCCAUGUUUAUUUUACCUUAUUGUGGCCCUUUGCAUAACAUUGUACCCUCACCUGUAAAGUUUCCCCAUUCCAUUAUUCUUUGUACUGUUAACAGCUGUCCGCACAUCUAUUAGGAAAUAAAUAUUUUGCUAUCGA